UCAGUACAUCGAUUACGUUUCGCGUUCGACAUCGCGAGCCCGACUGGAGUUUGCGAUUGUGAGAAUCGAUUGCGCAGCGACGGAGAAAAAGGAAGGGUUAGAUUUGCCAGCGAAACAUUUUAUUGGAUCCGAUCGCAUUGAAAGCCUUACGUGCAGGGUAUAAUGCCUAAUACUGGACAGUUAUUUGGACAGAGCUGGAAGUGCGAAAAAUGCCGAAAGGACUUCAAGGCCGUCUGGUUGCCAACCAACGUUUGUUGUCGAAUCUCUUCAUGGGAUCAGCAGCCUGGUAUUCUCACACAAGCUCCUUACUCGCGGCAUGUUUCUGACGCCCUGAAAGAGGCAGCUUCGAAAUCGUUCGCCAGUUCAACCACCGAGUACUCGACAAAGUCCAGUAACGGACGACACACGCAAAAAAUACCUGGUAUUCCAGUUCAAAGUCUAGCCGUGCCCUGGAUGAGACAUGUAAACAGGUUAGCGCCUUUCAGCACCAGUGGCAAAAGCACGUGCGGAUAUUACUUUUCAAGAGAUACCGAUAACAACAAGCGAAAAACAGGGAUUCCUCCAUCAGAUCUGGUGGCAUGGCGAUCUAACAUCUCUUAACGUGAGUGAAGUGAAAUUAGCGCGGACUAAGUAAUCUUACGUCGUUACAAAAGUUUUAAACGGAAAACGAAAGGGGAAGAUGCUUCAAAGGUCUCCGCGAAUCACAAGCCAAGAAUGUUCCCUUAAUCUAAGUUUCUGUUUGUGAAUUGUCUUUGGCAAUGCGUGGAAUAGAAUAAAGCCACGUUAUACUGUGGACCUGGGUGACAUAUCUAAUUAGCACAUCAGUGACUACGAUUUAAAAGCUUGUUGGCGACUUAUAACUAGUAUUGCACCUCAAUGUGAUUGAGUGCGGUUUAAUUUUGAUGUUUGCUUAAUAAAAACGCGUGAAGUACUGUAAA